GUCGAAAAGCUCAGCCCGCCUCGCCUCGGCUUUCUGCUGCGCUGGAACAUGGCUGCAAGCGCGGGGGGCUGUCGCUCGUCAGGAGUGGGAGACUUUUUUUAAGACUCUGCAGGAGUGAAACGUUUAGUGGACUCCACGAGGUGACGGUGGUUCCACCAGAAAGAUGUCUACGUCGGUUGCUGGAAUGGUUUAACAGUUCAUACCUGAAGGCUCAGGAGGAGAUCUGCCUGGUUGCCUUAUAAAAUUGAAGUUGAUCCAGCUGUUGAUCCAUUACCGCGGUUAUGUUGGUCACAGUCUCCCUCUGCUCCAUCAUUUGGUUAAACCGAGGCUUUAAGCUGAGAAAAGUGCAGAUGUUGGAUAUGGGCCAGUAGUGCUCAGGAGCUUACACACAGUAACACAUUAAGGUGUUUGCUGUUUAUUAUGCGUUUCAGUCUUCGCUGAGUGCCUCUCUCUCUCUCUCUCUCUCUGGGUUUUUUUUUUGGGGGGGGGGGGGGGACAAAUCAGUGCUGUAAAUCGCUGGUUAUCUUCAAAAACAUUUGGGUAGGUGUAAACAUGGCUGCUGAGGGCUACCAAUAUCAGGCUCUGCACAAGUAUGUGAAAGAACGAGAGGAGGACAUCAAUUUGGAGCCAGGUGACAUCUUGACUGUGGAUAGGUCAUCUCUCCUUGCACAGGGCUUUAAGGAAGGAGAUGAGCAACAUCCAGAGCACAUUGGCUGGAUUUUUGGGAUCAAUGAGCGCACCAGGCAAAAGGGAGAUUUCCCAGGAACAUACGUCAAGUACUUGGGACCAGUGGUAAUGUCGCUGCCACCCAUCCGGCAACGUUUCCAGAGACCUUUACCCGCUGCCCCUGGACCAGGACCACCCCGGCCAGAAAGUUCCCAUGAGACAUUGGUAACCACAGUGCUUGAUCUGACAGAGCAGUUCUCCCCUCCUGACAGUGCUCCCCCAAUUCUUAUAAGGAUUAUUGAGACCAUCGAGAAAAGAGGUUUGGACAGUGCAUUUUUGUACAGAACUGUCGGGUCAGAGCCACAAAAAGCCACGAGAGCUGAUUUCUUUGCAGUGGAUGUUGAACAGCAAGAUACCCAGACAUUGUGCGAAAUGGUAAAGAGUUUCCUGCAGGAAUUGCCAGCGCCUGUAAUUCCUGGAACAGUUUACUCUGAACUCCAAAUGGCUGUGCAAAGUACAUCCACACCCAGUGACAAUUGCCGACAGCUCAUGCUAAUUCUUGAGUCUUCUACACUACCACUUCAGAACUUUCUGACACUGCAGUACCUGCUUCACCAUUUUGCAAAAGUAUGUGAAUACUGUGACCAGAAUGGCCUUACUACCAAAAUACUUGGUGAGCUUCUAGGUCCCCUGCUCAUUAGACUUCCCUGGCCUGGACUUGAGAUAAGCUCAGACUUGCCAUCUGUGGUUCUGGAGAAGCUCAUUGUAGGGCGAAGAUUAGAGCAGAAGCAAGAACAAGCCCCCCCAGCUCUCCCUCCAAAGCCUUCUAAAUCCAAACUUACAUCAAACAAUGUGGUCAAUGGCAACAGUGUCUAUUUGAAUGAAGCGGAAUGGUACUGGGGUGACAUCUCCAGGGAGGAAGUAAAUGAAAAAAUGAGAGACACUCCUGAUGGAACAUUUCUGGUCCGAGAUGCCUCCAGUAAAAUUCAAGGAGAGUAUACACUAACACUCAGGAAAGGUGGUAACAACAAGCUGAUAAAAAUUUUCCACCGGGAUGGCAAAUAUGGCUUCUCUGAGCCACUAACAUUCCCAUCUGUUGUGGAUCUAAUCAACCACUACAGGCAUGAGUCUCUUGCCCAGUACAAUGCUAAGCUGGACACCAGGCUGCUUUACCCUGUGUCUAAAUACCAGCAGGAUCAGGUUGUGAAGGAAGACAGCAUUGAAGCAGUAGGGGAGCAACUUAAGGUAUACCACAAGCAGUUCCAGGAGAAGAGCACAAAGUAUGACAUACUGUAUGAAGACUAUACGCGUACAUCUCAGGAGUUGCAAAUGAAGAGAACUGCAAUUGAAGCUUUUAAUGAGACAAUUAAAAUCUUUGAGGAGCAAUGCCAGACCCAGGAACGCUACAGUAAGGAGUAUAUAGAAAAGUUCCGACAGGAAGGCAAUGACAAAGAGAUCCAAAGAAUCCUGCACAACUCAGAGAAGCUUAAAUCUCGGAUCAAUGAAAUCCACGAUAGCAAAAUGAAGCUAGAGCAGGAUUUAAAGAAACAAGCUGCUGAGCACCGAGAGAUAGACAAAAUGAUGAACAGCCUCAAACCAGACCUGAUGCAGCUGCGCAAGAUCCGUGAUCAGUACCUUGUGUGGCUAACACAGAAAGGAACACGACAGCGAAAAAUCAAUGAAUGGUUGGAGCUUAAGAAUGAAAUUGAAGAUCCUUACUCAGUGAUGGAAGAUGAGGACGAUUUACCACACAAUGAUGAAAGCACUUGGAAUGUUGGGAAGAUUAACCGUUCACAAGCUGAAGAAAUGCUGUCAGGCAAACGUGAUGGUACCUUUCUCAUCCGAGAGAGCAGCCAAAAGGGUUCCUAUGCAUGUUCUGUUGUGGUGGAUGGAGAUGUUAAGCACUGCAUGAUUAAUAAAACGGCUACAGGAUAUGGAUUUGCUGAACCCUACAACCUUUACAGUUCCCUGAAGGAGCUGGUUCUCCAUUACAAGCACACUUCGCUGGUCCAGCACAAUGAUUCAUUAAAUGUGACCCUUGCCACCCCAGUCUGGGCACAUCAAAGAUGAGCCAUGAGUCAGCCUCCCGUUGCUAUGGUUCAGCCUAUGCUUUACUCAUGGUGCUAAGCUUCAAAGAAAGAGAAGAAGGUUGACUUCAGCCUGAGAUAUUUUUGCACACCAUAAGAGUUGGUGCUCGCUCAUUGCUAUCCUCCACCACUGCCCAGUACUCCUAAAUAGUGUUUUCAACACUUCACUUCUUAACUGGAUUUUAGAUGUGCUUAUCUUAUCCUCUGGAUGUAUCUAGAUCUACAAAAAAAGAAAAAACACCACGUAAAUACAAAAACCACAAACCAUCUUCUGAAGGUGCUCAAUGCCCAUUUCACUAAAAUAUUGUUUGGGAAUUGUACUGAAUAUCAGAUAACCUAUGUUCAUGGACAUAAUGCCCUUUUCGUAGUUUCAUGCCUCUGCUGCAGUCCAGGAUUCCUUAAAAGGUGCUAUACAUCCAGAUCUGGGAUCUGUAUAUGGGCAACAUCAUCCACAGUUCUUUUUUUUAUUGGGAAGGCAUCCAUCUGGAUGUACUAAACCGAAGUGUUACUCAUCCAUGUUUAUCCAGAUUUAGGCCCAGGUUGUGUUUGUCAGAGAGUGACCCAAUAGGGUUAUCUGACUGACAUCUACAAUGAAUGCCAGUGUAUUUUAGCACUAACAUAUAAGUAUCAAAAUACAGACUUAACACCUUUGCACUUUCUGUAUUUGGAAAUGGCCAAAUAUUUUUGUGAUUUUAAAAAAUAAUUGGCCAUUUUAAUGUUUGUUUUACUAAAAUCAUCUGAGAGUGCAGAAUAAUCAAGAGUAAUCAUUUUAAAUGGUUGUAAAGGAUUGAAAGCUCUGAUGACUCACAAGCAACCUUAUUAUUUUGCUGCUUUUGAGAAAACUACAAGGUGCAUCUUGGGUUUUUAGAUAAUACAUGUAGCUUUGGUGGGAGAGGAUCAUUUUAAUUUUUGUUGGUAGGUUAUUACCCCAGACUCCACUCAUGCUCUUUUUGUUGUCCUUGAAAACUAUUAGAUUUUAUUUCUUUUUAAUUCUUGCUUUUAAAUGCUGUAGGUUAGAACUUAUCAUCCUGUCUCCAGUUUUUCUUAAAACAAACAAGAAUCGCAGUGAAGGGACAUUUAAGCGAAAAGUGACGUGUUGGGGUAUCAGUUCAAAAUACAGUGCGAUUACACUGGAGGAGCAGGUGGACUUCUUUGCAGUGACAUCACUGUAUGUGAAGGGUACAUAAGCUAUCAUUUUUACAGAAAUAUAUUUUUAUCUCUUAUUUUGAAAUGAAUCAUGUGCAGUUAAAGAAGCUAUGUUCAGAAACAAAAGACAAAUGAGAUUCAAAAUUGGAAUCUCUUGCGGAACUUUUUUUUUUUCCUCUCCGUAUGUACUGUAUAUCUGUAUCUGUACUCUAUACAUAUCCUAUAUACUCUUUGCAUUGUGCUUGCAAUGGUAGUCCUAGAAAACUCACAUAUACUAUACUGAACAGUCCGCUAGAAAAUGUGCCCACAAGCAGGCUAUUUUUCAGCAACAGAUGUAUCCUGGCUAACGCUUGAGCAUGUAACAUUAAGCAGGCCUCUUCUGUUCAUCAGUAUUCAACACUGGUCUUCCACUCCUCGUACCUGACAAUAUGGCUAAAACCUUCAGUUUCAGAUGGACCUGACCAACAACUUCCAGUUGACAGGAGAGAGUUUUCUAAGCCAUUGUUUGUUACUUGAAAUUCUGAGUGGUCCUACUCACCUGAAGCUCUGCCAUUGCUUCACUUGUGCCCCUGUCUAGUUAUAAAGAUGCUUGAGAGCAACAUUAUAAAAGAAUGAGGGCCUUCUGCUUUGUUGUUAUUUUUUAGCAAUGGAGGCCUAAGUGAUGGAUUUAUAUUGGUUUCCUAAAAAGGUGAGGUUCAGGGUGCUUGGGAAUAAAAAUCCCUCUGGAAGAUUCAACCUGUUUUCGACCGUUGCCUAUAUUGCAUUCCCAUCCCCCACCUCUUUGUCCUUCUUAUAAGCUGUAAGGCACACGUUGAAGGCAAAAAAAAUUAAGAUUUAUACUAAAAACCGUUUAUAUGAAAAAGUAUGCAUGAGUACUAUGUUGUAUCCAGCUAUUAUCUAAAGCUCUUGUAGUAGUUAUCAAUACUGUUAUAAAAAAAAAAAAGUACUGUGUAUAUAUGGGUAAGCGUGCUAGUCUCACAUUCAGAGCACUAAGCAGAAGACCGAGGCCCAGGACUUUAAUGUGUACUACCAGCUAAUAGUCUUGAAUGUCUGUCGGAGAUGAGACAGCAGAUCCAGAACCCAGACAAAAAUAAAAACCCUGUCCCGUUAUGAUAAAACACCGUUGUACCUAAGUUAAGAGAGUAAAAAUGUGGAGGUUUUGUUAAUGUUGCUAUUGUCAGAUAGUUCUGCCUACAUUUGUGUAAUUUUAGCAACUAGGUCUUAUAGUAGAAAGUGUGUUGUAUUUGAGCAUAGCUAACUUCAAGAAAAGCAUUUUGAGUUCAUUUGCUAAUUGCUCUUCGUGGAAUCAGUCUGCCAGGUUCCUUUAGGGUAUCAAUAAUGUUAGCCAUGAACGGAUAAAAUUCUUCUGUACAGAUUUGAGGGCAUCACACACUUUCAAAGGUGCACAUUGUCUCCUAUGUGCUGUCUCUUCAAGUGGUUUAAAUACACUCACCUAAAAAUGACUUCUUCGGUAUUCACCGAUACAUUAAAAGAACACCACACAAAAUCCGAGAGAGCAUAAUAAGAGGUUAUCUUGCACAUGAAUACAAGUACGAAUCUUUAGGUGGCUCAAUACAACCAAUUUAAAACAAGUCCUUCCAUCUACCUGUUUUUUUAUUAAAUUUAAACUUUGUUACAUAAACAGCUGCAGUGCUUGGGCGCUUUUGACUGCAGCCAAGCGACAAUCCUGUAGAGAAACACAGGUGGUAUCACUUCAUCAUAAUGUAUUUUUAGAUAUAUGUAUAAAAUAAAAAAAGGACCUGCCAUGCUUUAUCAGUUUGAGACUUUGCUGGCCAUCAUUUGCAUGUUUGAAACGGUUUGAACAACAAACUGACAGAAGGGUUAAUGUGAUUAAAUCGCAGCUAAUUUUGUUACCCACUUGUGGGAAUGAACAGGCAACCUUAAUCUGCCUGACUACAAAUGUAGAGCAUGGGUACAAUGGCCUUUAACUUUGUUGUCAUGAAAAAAGUGAAUGUUGCUUUUCUCCCACAAUUGUGGGUAUGAAAACUUGUAAAUAGGAUAGCCAUGUUCACAAACUACCCCAAUAAUUUAAACUGACUUGAAAAGAAUAGAGGCGGGCUUCAGAGUUACACGUAAGCUGGUAGUACCCAUCUCUAUCUUAUGUGAAGCGUUUAAAUAACUGGGGGUUUGGAGGUGUUGAGAAUAACACUAACUGAGGCAAAGUGAAUGUAGGUAAGAAUAACUGCUUCAGCCACUUGCUUGGAUGGCGUGAACAGAAGGUGGUCCGCAAGUGGCGCUGUGUCUCUUAGGUUGCACUUGCACGCACUACAGUAGCUCUAACAAUGUGCCUCUGUGUAAAAGGAAACCUGUUACUUGAUCACUGUGUGUGAUUCGUUUCUGGAUUUUGUUUUUUUUUGUUUUUUUUUAAUUAGGUUUUCAGGUAAAGACGCUGUGAAAGAUGUGAGGAGCCAUGUGGCGUGUCUGAUUAGAAUUAUGAACUCGUUUGAAAUGAUGCACGAAGGCAGGCGUACCAAGCUGUGUGUUUUACAGAUUGCAUAUGGCCAGCCGUGGAGCCUGCUCUAGAAUUAGUUGGCGCUGUUUGUCCCGUCAGACACCUGUGUCAGAUAGCAGUGGCUCCCUGAAGUGUUUUUUUCAACUUGAGAAUUUGGACUUUAUUUUUUUCAUCCCUUAAAAUCAGACAGCUGUUUUCCCAUGAGGGUCCCACCUCUGCUGCCUUAUUGUACCAAAAAAGCUCGCUGUGAGUAGAUUUGUUGGCCAAGUACUUGAAAACAGGAAUGACUCCACCUCCAUAUUGGAGAAGUACUACUGGCUCGGAGAAAGUUGUUUUUUCUUUUUUAAUAAACUUGUCAGGGCUGAGCACAUGCUUAUUGUGCGCUAUACAGAACACACCUUUUGUUUUUGUCUUCAGUAAUUGGGAAUGAUCUAGGUGACAUUGUUUCACUAGCUCAUCUUUCUCUCUUUGUCAGAAGACAUCAGUCAGCCUUGUUGGCAGACUGCCCCUUGCAUGCGUUUUCUUUUUUUUUUUUUAAUGUGGUGCCCUACUCUUUUGAAAUAUAAAUAAAACUUGCCUUAACUCACAAGUAGGUAAACUUGUGUUCAAAUUGUAUUUUUAUUCCAAAGCUUAAUGUUUGUAAAGGUCCCUAUUAAUAAUGAAAAAUAAAAGUCUUUUCUAUGUGUCAUA